GAAGAGUUUCACAGUUUAUAAUUUCCCUUUUUAGCAGGUGAAUAAUCAUUAAAACAUAAUCUAUAAAAAUAAAAGCAAAACAGGACUAGUUCGUUGAAUUUGUGCUUUCAGCUAGAGCAACCGCGAUGCAUUUGGAGGUGGAAAGCGUCCGUUCGCUUUAACGCGAGACAAGUUUCCACGUAGGCUAUCUUCUCGGAUACUCAAAUGUUUUACAACUUAUAACAGCGAAGACGCCAAGACAUGGUUUCAAAGUAUGGAAACCGAAGACGUGACGGUUAGAGAGCAACUAUUCCACAACCGAGUCCGAGAAACCAUUAUUUGCGUGCUGCUUUUCAUUUGCCUCUACAUCUUGUCACACUUCAUUCUCACUCACUUCAAGAAGAAUGCCGAGUUUGUCGCUGAUGACAUUGAGGAUGCCACUGUCAACAAAAUUGUGUUGCGGCUGUGUACAUUCACACUCUCUGUGGCCGUAUGUGCAGUACUGCUUUUGCCCAUCUCCAUCCUGUCCAAUGAAGUUCUUCUCACAUUCCCACACAGUUACUACAUGCAGUGGCUCAAUGGCUCGCUCAUCCGUGGCUUGUGGAACCUAGUCUUCUUAUUUUCAAACCUUUCAUUGGUCUUCCUCAUGCCGUUUGCCUAUUUCUUUACUGAAUCGGAAGGAUUUACUGGGUCCAAAAAGGGCGUUAUGGCGCGGGUCUAUGAGACUGCCGUGAUGCUGCUGCUCCUCAGUCUGCUGGUGCUGGGCAUUGUGUGGGUGGCAUCAGCCCUCCUCCAUCACAAUACCGCACGUGAGAGUCUUUAUGACUUGUGGGAAUAUUACCUGCCCUAUCUUUAUUCUGGAAUCUCACUUUUUGGAGUUCUACUGCUUUUGUUGUGCACACCCUUUGGGCUUUCACGUAUGUUUAGCAUCACUGGGAGCUUAUUGGUCAAACCUCGGUUGUUGGAGAACCUAGAAGAGACCAUGAACUGCACAGUGUUUGAAGAGGCCUCUCUGUCCAGGAAGUUGAAAAGUAACACCUUCUGUUGGAUCAGUGCAAACCCAGAGUCCAUUAACACCGAGUUUUUGAGUGUGCAGUCCAAACGCAUUGCUUUAGAGUUGAGGAAAAGAGCAUCACCAUGGCAGCGCAACCUGGGAUACCCAGUGGCCAUGCUGCUGCUUUUAGCUUUAACUGCGGUGUCUGCGCUGAUGGUGUGUUUCCAUGUGCUUGAACUGCUCUUCGAUGAGUCUGCUAUGCCUAGAGGAAUGGAGGACCCUCACUUGGGCCGUGCAUCAUUCUCUAUGUUCGGUUCUCUGGGAGCUGCAGUGCAGGUGGUCAUCAUCUUGUAUCUCAUGGUCUCCUCGGUCGUCGGCUUCUACAGCUCUCCACUCUUCACCGGUUUGCUGCCACGUGCACAGGACACAACCCUCACACAGAUUAUAGGGAACUGUGUUUCUCUUGUGAUACUCAGUUCAGCCUUGCCUGUUUUCUCCCGCACAUUGGGAAUCACAAGGUUUGAUCUGCUUGGAGACUUUGGACGGUAUAACUGGCUUGGCAGUUUCCACAUUGUUUUCCUGUACAACAUGCUUUUUGCUGGACUCACAUCCGCCUGCCUCAUCAACACAGUCACAUGGGCCUUGCAAAGAGAACUCAUCCGUGCCUUUGGUCUCCACAGACUGCCUCGGACUGUGUCUCGAUCAACCAUCCCCCUUAAACUCCUCCUAGCCAAUGGACUCUCAAAGAUUCAUUGAAGAGCGAUCAGCUUUUUGAUAUAUAAUUGACUAUUGAAGCCCUUUACCUUCUGGAGAAGGUUCUGGCUCCCAGUCGGUGGAUUUCUCCUACUGGACCAGUGCUAUUUUUAGUCCGUUUUAGGUGAAUAGGCACCAAAGCUGUUGGAUAACAUUUGUCGACUGAUGGGUCCUCCUAAGUGGGAUUCUACAACUACAGGUUUAUGCAUUGUUUACUUCAGUAAUAUUCAAUCAUAUUACUCCGUUUAAUAAAGGGAUGUCAAAUCAC